AUGACGCUGCGUUCGGGGGGGGCUCCUCAGCCCCUGCUGCCUCCCCUUCAGCUCCCCUCCCAGGGCCUCCGACCCCCCGGCCUCGCCGCCCCCCCGGAGAGGCCGGCGGGCCUCGGCCUCCAGCUGGGGCUCCGCCCCCACCUCCCCGUCCUCCCCCCGCGGCGUGGCCAGCCCUCCCUCCGGCCUCCGCCACUCCCCCAGAGGCGGCAAGCCUUCAAGAUCGCCACGCCCGUCUCGGCCGAGCUUCCCCAAGACUUCCUGGUGUCCUCCGAGGCCGAGGACUCGGUCACGGCUCCCAACGGCGGGUCUCUGCCCCCGGGGAACCUGGAGGAAGAGGUGGCCCGUCUGAUGGCGGACCCGGAGCUGACCUUCACCCCUCUGGACGCCGACACGGAGGUGGCCGUGGCGUCGUUGCUCAACGCCAAGCUGGAGUUCGACGAGGCCCUGCUGAACGAAAACGUGGUCCUCCACUGCGGCUCGCAGGCGGGUGCCAGGGGAGAGGCCGACGGGGAGACGCAGGGCGGGGAGGAGGCCGCGAGCGAGGGGAGGCAGGGCGGGGUGGAGGCAGCCAAGGCCGCCGGCGCCUUCCCUAAAGCGGUGAGCUCUGGGGAGGGCCUGGACCACGCGUCCUCUGACGAGGACAUGGACCACUACCUGAAGUUCUCCCGCACCGUGGUGGUGCGCGAGGCGGCCAAGGACGCCGGCUCGACGGCACCAACAACGGCUCGGAGAGCGACGGCAGCGAGGGGCCGGGCGAGCAGAGCGCCGGGAGGAGCGGGGAAGGCGAAGCUGCCGUCCCCCCCCGCCGUCAGCCAGGUGGCCAAUCACAACACGCUGUCCAAGACGCUGGUCAUCUCCAUGGAGAGGAUCGAUGCCAUACCGACCCAGUCGCCACACAAGCAGGAGAAGCCGGCGUGUGUCCCGGAGACGGAGCCGGCGUCCUCCUCGUCCCUGUUCAUGGAAACGAGCGACAUCAACAACGAAUUCUCGGUGCAGGAGGAGGUUCUGAUGGACGCCGAGGCUCAGAAGGAGGUCCUGCUGGAUCCGUCCACCGGUCACUUCAUCUCUGCCGACGACGGCUCGGUGGUGUACCUGGCCAACAAUGCCGGGCUGGACAAGGACGACGGCACCUCGUCCACAGACUCGCUCGCCGGUGAAGAGGACAACCGAGACCCGGACUACUCGCCUGAACUUCCUCCCGCCAAAAAGCCGGCGGCAGCCUCGCCGAUGAAAACCAAAACCAUCAUCAUGAAAGCCCGCCCCAUGCCCACCGUGAACUUGAAAAGCGCCCCCCUCGGGGCUCCUCCCACACCGCCCCAGGUCAUCAAGGUGUCCUUGCCCCCCGGGCAGCCCCCCAGGGCGGUGUCGUCCGCUCCGACCAUCACCGUACGGGCCAUCCCCAGGACCGGGCCCUCGCCCAUCGUCAUCAACGGCCUGAACACCCUCCCUCUGCAGGCUGGGGCCCCCAGGGGCCAGACGAUAGCCAUCCGCCUCAACCCCACCAAGUCGGCCCUGCCCCAGCCUCCAGCCCCCGUCCUUGCUCAGCCCGGUGCCCCGCCCCUGGCCCCGCCCUCUGGCCCCGCCCCUCAGGUCCUACUGGUCAACCGCCAGGGUCAGAUUCUGAUCAAAGAUCCCCGGACGAACACCUACCAGACCCUGACCACCAGCUCCCCGUCCUACGCCCGCAUCAGCCAGAUCGCCAAGAUCAUCCACAGCUCCGCCCCCCGGCCCGCCCCCCGCGUCGUCAUCACCCCCACUCCCGUCCCCCGCGUCCAGAACGCCGUCCCCGCCAACCCCACCCCCAGGAGCUACACGCCCACCGGCUCCACCAAAAAGGUGUUUGUGCGGGCGACGCCCCUGCUCAGCGCUGGCCGGCAAGCGGGCGCCCGGGUGAAGAACGUGUCUCACCCGGGCAGCCCCGACGGCAUGGCCCAGUCCAUCAUCGACCAGGCCAUGGCGUCCCACCGUGAGCGGACGCGCCCCAACAUCCUGACCUCUCCCCACACGCCGCGCCCCUCCCAACCCCCCCUCAGCCCCUCCCAACCCCCCCUCAGCCCCUCCCAGUUCAGCGUGCACCCCUACCUAGGGAAGCUGCAGCCCCCCGUGGCCUUCGCCCCCGGCGGGUUCCAGCCCGCCAUCGUCCCCCCGCCGCGCUCGCAGGUGCGCGUGAAGAGGGUGUCGUCCGCCUCGGAGAGACCGGCGAGGAAGAGGAGCAGGACCGAUGCUCUGGACGAGGACAUGUCCUCCUCCAGCGAGAUGGACGAGCUCAGCAACAGCAGGUCUAGCAGAGUUCGUAUAAAAGCCCCGACCAUGAAGGACAUCCUGGACCUGGACCCGAGCCCUCCUGUCUUGCCUGUGAAGGAGCAGCUCAGGAUCGUGGCUCCGGAGCUGGACAGCACCAGGCACACCCCUAUGCAGCGCCUGCCUGCCAACGCUGCAGUCCAGCGCAGCAAAACAGACGUGUGGGUGAGCGCUCGGCACGCAGACCUGUCAGACUGGGGCCCCUACUCAGGAAUGAGCUCAGACGAGGACAUGCUGCCCCCCCGGGUGGAGAAGAGCAGCCAAGCCUACGGCAGCCAGCCCCACCUGCGCUUUGAAAUCACCAGCGAAGACGGCUUCAGCGUGAAGGCCGACAGCAUCGAGGUGGCCUGGCGUGCCGUGACGGACGGCGUCCUGGAGGCGCGGGCGGGGUUCCACCUGAAGCAGCUGCCUCUGGGCGGGGUGAGCGGGCCGCGGGCGCUGGGCGUGCUGCACGACGCCGUGGUCUUCCUGCUGGAGCAGCUGGUGGGAGCGGCCGGCUGCAAGGGACAUCGCUUCCGUUUCCACCGCUACGACGGCCCCGAGGACGAGCUGCCGCUCAACCCCAGCGGCUGCGCCCGCGCCGAGGUCUACACGCGGAAGUCCACCUUCGACAUGUUCAACUUCCUGGCUUCCCAGCACAGACAGCUCCCUGACCUGGCUCCCUGUGAAGAGGAAGACGACGAUGUUCCGCUGAAGUCCACCAGACGAGCCACGAGCACUGAGCUGCCCAUGGCCAUGCGCUUCCGACACCUGGAGAAGGCGUCCAAGGAGGCAGUGGGAGUCUACAGGUCGGCCAUUCACGGACGUGGGCUGUUCUGCAAGAGGAACAUCGAGUCUGGGGAGAUGGUUAUAGAGUACGCGGGCAACGUGAUCCGAGCCGUUCUGACAGACAAGCGAGAGAAAUACUACGACAGCAGGGGCAUCGGCUGCUACAUGUUCCGCAUCGACGACUUCGACGUGGUGGACGCCACCAUGCACGGCAACGCGGCGCGGUUCAUCAACCACUCGUGCGAGCCCAACUGCUACUCCCGCGUCAUCAACGUGGAGGGCCAGAAGCACAUCGUCAUCUUCGCUCUGAGGAAGAUAUACCGGGGCGAGGAGCUCACGUACGACUACAAGUUCCCCAUCGAGGACGCCAGCAACAAGCUGCGGUGCAACUGUACCGCCCGGCGCUGUCGCCGCUUUCUCAACUGACGGCGGCCAUUUUUGUAGUUCUUUGAGAGGGAGAGGAAGUAGGAUUCGGUGACGUGGUUUUCAGACGUGGUAAAAACCUGAGCGUGAUCACCCUGCCCUCUACAGAGUCAGGUUGACAUACAGACUGGUGCAUAAAGUUUAGAUUCCAGCCAGUUUUCUGACCUCAGUAUUUAAAUAUUCUCGUGGUCGAACACCACCUCCAUAGAUGUUCUGUUAGGCUUCCUUUGUUCUCGUGUGGUCCCUAGUAGACUUCAGGCCUAGCGACUCCACACUGCGUCAUUUUCAGGUUGUCCUCGUCUUGGUUUCGUUUGAACCUCGUUUGAACGAGGGGUCGUCUCCUAUUGUCGGUGCUGUUGCUACGAUAAAACUAAACAAACGAUACAAGGCAUCAAUAUCGAAAUGAGGAACGGAUUUUUAGCACCUUACUUUAUGUGAGCCAAGGCUUUGACAUUGCUGUAAAUACAAGGCGACACUGAUCCACUUGUCAGGAAAGAAAUAGACUUCCUGUUGUGGGCAUUUGAGCCCAGCCUUUUUCUGUACAGUUUUAGAGCAGCUGCUGUAUAUUUUAAUUGUCUGUGUCCACAUUAUGGAGACCAUACUUCUGAACGUGACCUCAAGGAUGAGGGCCCAGGUUUAGCUUAUUAGCUUUUGUAAAAGCACAGGUUUUGUCAAUUUUUUUUCUGCGUGUUUUUUUGUUGUUUUUAUGAAGGUGCUUGUGGAAACCACUUAAAAUGUUGCUUUGACAGUUUUUUUGUUUUGCUGAAUCUUCCCCCAUACUCCUGGGUGGCUACCACAUACUUAUCGUUUGUACGUCUUCAUCAACACAUCUUGUCAUUCAUCAUCAGUGAUGAUGGACAGAAGAUGUGUUUAGUCUGCCAGAAUAAUAAUUUUCCUGGUAUUUGUUUGUCGUUUUGUAUGUCAAAAGGGUUUAAUUCAGCUGUUUCACCUACAGAUGCCAACUCCUACAGUGCUCCCUUCCCUUCAAAACCUACAGUUACAUAUGUAUUCUUGUAAAAUAAAUACUCAGAACGCUAGCGAUGAUUUAAAAAAAAAGGAUGCUUUGUCAAAUAAUAACCUGCUUUAUACGUGCUACUGAACCCACCUGUCAGAGGGGCGUGACGAUGACAGGAGCCAGGGUUCAUCUCACCUGAUGCUGUCCUGCACAUGACCUCCCUCCUCCCCUGUCUCCAGCAGGCGGUCUACCUCAGUGGGUCAUGAUGACGAGUGUAAACUAGGGAAAAAUGAAGUCUCCACCUCGUGCUGUGCCGAGUAGGUGAUCUCCAGCACCGCGCCCGGCAACUGGACACUUUCUCCGGUGUUUUAGUUUGGAACAUGGCUGGGUCUCCCCCAAGUACUGACCGCAGUGUGUUUAAUGGGAGUGGGAUUGUUUGUGUUUAUUUUAAAUGGAAAAUAAUUUGUAAAAGUGUAAUGAAACAUGGGUCUGUUACCUUGGGUCACAGGGAAUCCUUGUCUGUAUAAAGUUGUAUACAAAAUUUCUAAACCUGUUAAAUUUUUUCUAUGCACUUUUUUUUAUUUAUGAUGUUCUUGGCUUAAUAAAGAUGUUGAAUGGUUUUGAAUUCA